AGCUACUUGCUCCGCAUGAUGUAGUUACUCGAUACACACACAAAUCCCUCCAAUGACUGUACUAAUUAGCGACACAUGCUUUCCUUGCAAAUCGUUCGACAGAAGAUCGAGUCGAUCAGACUUGUUGAUGCUUGUUUUUAAGGGCAGCUAAGAUAUGUCUGAGACUAAAAAGGGGGAGCACACGGGUAUGUGCUCACCGGGUCUUCGCAGGGAGCCUUAGGUGCUUCUUAGCGAGACAUGGUGGCUAAAUAACUACCAUCAAGAGAAGAUGCAUUCCUCAAUUUGGAAUGGAUCGGUACACCAUUGCCAAGCCGGAGAUUUCACUGACUUACACGCAAAUUAUCCUUACCAGCGGGUGUAGAUCUACACGUACAUCGUUAUUUCAUUCUAGCUUGUGAUUGUCUACUUCGUUGUAUUUCCUUGGCGCAUCCCCCUGGCUGUUCCAUAUCAAGGAUCCAAGUUAGAACCAAACCUCUGGGUCCUUCUUUACGCACAUACGAUUGACCUACGACUACGACGACGCUAGACAUCGCGAUGCCGUCCCUAGAUGUGAGCGAGCUGAACAUCGUCGUUUCUGUACUUGGUGCUUUCACUGUGAUAUACGGCCUGGUAGCUGUUAAGUUAAAGGGUGUUUGGUACCUUGGGGAGGCAUUGCCAGCAGUCCUCACCGGCACGAUCUUAGGACCUAUCGCAGCAAGGUUCUUAGACGCGAAACGAUGGGGAUCAGCUACCCCAGACCAACAAGAUGCGAUAACGCUUGGUGUGAUGAGGGUUAUGAUUGGUAUUCAACUGGUCAUUGCGGGAUACCAGCUACCCGCCAGAUAUCUUCAACUUCACCGUAAAGCAUUAAUCGUCUGCCUUGUUCCUAUCAUGGCAUUGAUGUGGCUGGCAACCUCCGUUUGCGUACUCGCAACGAUCCCGAAGAUUUCGUUACUUGCAGCUCUUGUUAUGGGGGCUUGUGUUACGUCUACAGAUCCGAUCCUCUCACAAGCCGUCGCCAAGGGCCCGUUCGCUGACAAGUACGUGGCCCGGCCUCUCCGAGAGAUCAUCUCAGCUGAAGCCGGUGCCAACGAUGGUUUCGCUUCGCCUUUCCUCAUGCUUGCUGUCAACCUCCUACGCCUUACGGAAAACAGGGAGGAAAAGCUUGUCGAGCGCGGUCGAGGCGUUGGCGAGGAUACGCGUGAUGUAGGCAUUGCCUUGGGGAACUGGGUCAUCGAAACUCUUAUCUACAUCGUAUUACUAGCCGUCGUAUACGGGGCUGUUACGGGGUACUGUGCUAGAAUGGGAGUUAGAUUCUCACUAUCUCGAAGAUGGAUCGACUCGGAGAGCUAUCUGCUUUUCCCGACGGCGUUGGGUCUAUUUAUUGUUGGAACUUGCGGAGCUAUCGGUACAAGUGACCUUCUUGCUUGCUUUGUCGCAGGUUGCGCAUUAAACUGGGACGGACAGUUCCUUGCAGAGACAGAACGCCGCCAUGACGAAGUUAACUCGUGCAUUGACGUUAUGCUCAACUUUGGCGGCUUCAUGUAUAUCGGUAUUGCUAUACCUUGGCAGGAAUUCCAUCAACCCGCUACUACUGGCAUUACCUAUCCUCGUCUCUUUGGUUUAGGCGUCCUCGUUCUCCUAUUUCGACGAAUCCCUGCUUUACUUCUUACAUAUAAGACGAUGCCGGCAGUAGUAAAAAACUGGAGGGAAGCGUUAUUCAUGGGAUAUUUUGGCCCGAUAGGCGUCGGGGCGGUGUACUAUCUUCAGCAUACACGAUUGCUGUUCCCAAAGGAAAAGGCAGCCAGUGCGAGGGAGCGGGAACUCCUUGACGCCAUAUGUCCGGUGGUAUAUUUCCUCGUCCUCUUCUCCAUCGUAGUACACGGCCUUUCAAUACCAAUUCUUAGUGCCAUCUACAAAUACACCAACGUCCGACCGAUUACCGAAGAUGCUGUUGCAAUUAGACGAAGGAGCAUCUAUAUGGCGACUCCGGUGAAUGCUUUUGCGGGGGAUCAUGAUACGUUCAUCGUUUAUAACCGAUUCUUCCGCCCUCUUGUAAACAUGGCGACACUUCCAAUUACGCGCUCUCGUAAUCGUAGCGACAACGAUAGUAUCUCAACAGAAGCUGAAGAGGAUAAAAGUCGUUCUCAGUUGGUUAGUAUAAAUAGAAUGAUUGCAAGACAGGAAAACUGAAGAGAUGGGAAGUUUCGUAUGUUUAGUUAUAGAAGACAUCCCCCUGGAGUGGGACUUGGUGGAGAGGUAUGACAACCUCCAUUGUACGAAAUUAUGAAGCUAUUUUAGACGAUCGUCUCAGCCUAUUGUAUAUAGACUCAAUAUUUCAUUACUGACUAUGAUAGAUUUCUCGCUUGGAGAUUAACUUAAUUAUGCC